AUCAGCAUUCAACCUCAUUCUCAACUACGCGCAAACCUAUCCUUACAUUUUUAUUUUUUAUUAUACAAUUUCUGCAAUCAUAAAUCGAUGGCCAGUAACAGAAUCGUGUCGUCAACGAUCGUGCGUCCAGAGACGCACGUACGCGUACCAGGCAGGAAACGAUCCUUUCCAGAUGCACCUGAACCUGCCCGCCGUCGCUCAAGCAGCAAUAUUUCUACACGGCUCGGUCCUCUUUCAAAUGACCUAUCAUCCUCAUCUACAUUAACCACUACAGCAGAAUCAACUAAUGAAAAUGAAUCGAGUAAUAUUGAGGGACUAUCAGGGACUGUAGGGCUCAAUGAAGGAACAAUUGAUUCAAAGAUAUCAGAAUCACCCACCUCAUCCACUUUUUCACCAACAACAGCAACAGCAACAGCAACGAUAUCGCCAGGAGAAACAGGGGAAAGAGGAGAAGCAGGAGAAGCAGGAGAAGCAGGAAAUUCUGGAGAAACGAAUCGAGCGAAACGUCCACGACUGGGACUCAACCCUGCAGAGGAUACGAAUCGUGGCCGACGUAUGAUGGGCAUGAUCCUGGGUACAUUAACACAAUUCAAGAAACAGACGGAUCAAAGCAGCCAAAACAAUGGCCCCAAUGCAUCCGGAAUAGCCUCAAGAGAGGCUCUCCAGGAACGUGUCCGAGAAAAGCUUAGAAAAGAGCAGGAGUUGAAUGAGGAGCUUCGUAAGAAAGAACAACAGGAACGGGAAAAACUGCGAGAGCAGAGGUUGAAGCAGCGGCAAGGAGCGAGCUUACGAGGAGUAGGCGGUAACAAGCGGAGAGGAGAGGCUAGGUGGGAGAAUGGGUAUAUUUUGUCAGAGACAAGACCUCGCUUGCGAUAUAUGCCCAAGGUCAUGAAUGAUGUGACACGGAGGAAAUUUGAGGCUCAAAUCAAGAAGGACAAACGCGGCUCAUUCUCGGCUUCAGCGCAGGCAACCUCUUUGGAUACCACAAAUUCAAAGGUGAAGGAGCAAAACGAUGUGACAGCACCAGGAAUGGAUUUGGACCUUGAUGAUGUUGUUGCAGACAUGGUCGUAGAUGUAAAGGAUAAGCCAGAUAGCCCUGAUGAGCCUGUGACAGCAAAGGCUGAAGACGACAAUGUGGCAUCUGAGACUUCUACCAGCAUUAAGGAAGUAGAAAUGGCUAGUGAAGAAGGCAUUCAAGAACCAGCAGACAGGACGAAGGAGGAAGAGGAGAAGGAAAAGGAACCGAAAGAGGACGAGGAAGAUGUGGUCAUGGCAGAUAAAUCAUCGAAUUCGGCUGGAGUGGACAAGCCAAAUGAGAAUUCUAGCGCCGUUAAUAAUGAAAAUCCUAGCGAUGAACCAGAAUUGAUCAACAUUAAAAUUGUUUGAAUCAAGCUUCCAUCUAAAAUAUAUAUUAUACUCUAUUUUGGUAGACCUAAUACUUCGCAUUAUAGAAUAAAAGGGAAACAGCGC